AUGGACCAGUUGUCUAAGGCGUGCACGGGUCGAGACGAUCACCCCAACGCCACCGCUCUCCGGCCUCAUUCCCCGCACGACCACCACCGAUCCGGCAAAGGCCACCCUCGCGGCCGCCGGGAUCAGGAGACUGGUAGCGGGACCGGCAACGCCGAGGCCGCCAUGGGAUCUCGUGGGACGGGCGGGUUUCGUGGUGGUUAUUCACAGCAAAACUCUUUCCCCUCCAAUAAGCAAUACGGCCACGAUUCUCGAGGAAGCUUCUCACAGUCGCCGACGCCCAACUCGUCCUAUCACAACUCACCUGCAUCUCAAUCUCCCUACAAUGCCCGCUCUGGCCGGAAUGGCCAGCAGUUUUCACCCUCCCAUCCCCGCCGCCUACAGGGCCUCAGGGCCAUUACCAUCAAAAUUCCAAUCACUCUCCCCCAUUCCGCACCCACCGGCCCCAUGAACCCAUACCCUCCCAACAGUCAACGUGGGGCCAAUUAUCGGGGCAACUCGACUUCCGCCCGUGGCGGCGGGCAGUUCAGCACUGCUCGUGGUGGUCACCGGGCACCUGGUUUCAAGUCUGGCCAAUGGAACCCCCUACGGGACCUAGCCAAAGCCCUCGCUCACACUCAUCUAACGGACCCUAUGAUGGGCCUGGCCAGGACGCUCCCACGGGGCCUAUGGACGGCCGUCAGCAAGAACCGAUGGAUGACGGGAACGAGCCACGGCCGACCUACCCGGAGGAAAUGCAAAUCGACGAGCCCGAGCCCGGCCUGGCAACAACGCAACUACUGCCGGUACCAACCGGGCACCCCGACAGGGCCGAGCUCGAAGUUUAGCUUCUCGUUUAAAUUGGCAAGCAAGCAAACCACCACGCAUCCAAAGCCCGAGAUCACGCAAAAGUUCAACGCCGUUCCUACCAAGCAGCCUGCCCCCAAGCACAGGGCCAAGGCGGCGACCACAAGUCAGACAAUAAGGACCGAGACCGAGACCGAGAUCGGGAACGAGAGCGGGAACGGGACCGGGAUAGAGAUCGUGACCGAGAUCGUGACCGAGACCGCGAACGGGAUCGAGGUGGCAGGGACCGGGAUCGGGAUCGAGAACGGGAUCGAGAGCGACAACGAGAACACGAGAACGCCCGCGAGCGCGAUUCCGAGCGUGACCGUGACCGUGAUCGGGAGCGGGAACGGGAGCGAGACCGAGAUCGAGACCGAGACCGACCUCGUGAUAUUCCUAAGGGUCAAGAAGAUUGAAAAACGAUUGAUCGUGCGGCCCAAGCUUGAGCCAACGCUAGCUGCAUCAAAAUCGGUCUUCUUCAGAAAGCCUGGCAACGAGUCGGUCGUGGGAUCGGGAACGUAUGGCAAAGUCUUCAAGGGCCUACAUGUGUACACGAACGGCUCCGUCGCCCUGAAACGAAUCCGCAUGGAGGGUGAGCAAAAUGGGUUUCCGGUGACUGCUGUGCGAGAGGUCAAACUUUUACAGUCACUACGGCACCUCAACAUUGUCAAUCUCAUGGAGGUGAUGGUGGAGAAGAAUGACUGCUUCAUGGUUUUCGAGUACCUCUCUCACGACCUGACGGGGUUAUUGAAUCACCCUAGCUUCAAACUCGAUGAUGCGCAGAGGAAGGACCUCUCAAAGCAGCUGUUUGACGGCCUCGACUACCUCCACGGACGGGGCAAGGAGGGCACCCUCAAGCUUGCCGACUUUGGCCUCGCCCGAUUCUACGCAAAGCGCCACCAGCUCGACUACACGAACCGCGUCCUGCUGCUCGGCGAGACACAGUACGGCCCCGCCUGCGAUAUCUGGAGUGCUGCGUGCGUGAUGAUGGAGAUAUUUGUGCGCUCUGCCAUCUUCCCGGGUGAUGGCACCGAGAUGAACCAGCUUGAGCGUAUAUACGCCGUGCUGGGCACUCCAAUCCAGGCGGAGUGGCCCGAGAUUGUGGAAAUGGCAUGGUUCGAGUUGCUGCGGCCGGCGCACAAGGUGAAGCGGACGUUUGAUGCCAAACUCAAGGAUAUUGACGGCGACUGGCACGAGUUCGAGUCCAAGGCUCUCCGCCGCGAGAACGAGCGCAAGGAAAGGAGGCCCGCAAGGCGGCAGCCAAGGAGACGACGACCCCGCGAUACCAAGAGGCUUCACACGGAGCAGUCGCAGGAGAAAGUCCAACAUCCCGCCUAA